GACGAACUUCCUGGUCACACUUUCCCGUAGGUCCCAGUCCCCUUAUUAAUGGGUAUGUUUGCUCCUGCACAGUCAACAGGGAGGACGCGGUCUGACAGCGGACACACCGACUCACAAUGAGAAGAAAUAACAAAUUAUCUGCCGGCAGAAAGCUGUCACACAGUUAGCGUGGUCGGAGCCAGAUAAGAAGAGUAACUACAAAUGCUAUUUACUGUGUGUUACGCCUAGCCCAAGGACGUACGAGGAAGGCAAACACAGGCGAGACUGGGGACGAGGUGCAGGAUUUGGAUAGCGUUUGCCACAGCAGGAAGGGGCUGCUGAAAAGCUAAAGGGAUAUGAGCUGGGAAUACGUUUGGAUAUCAUGUCUUGACUACAAAAGACUAAUUAUCCGCGGAUAAACUGCAGCGGCACGUCAGAAAUAAAGGCCUCCUCUGAUGGAGCACUGUGCUCUUUAAUCCAGCCAGAAACCUCCCUGACAGGCAGCGACGAGCUACGGCAAAGGGUGAGGUACUGAAGUAAUCGGGGGGAAAAGCACUUAGCUAAAUGUUGACGCCAAAUGUAUCACAGGCUAAGCUAAUGUUGCGAAAUGAAUUUCCCUUGCUCCUGCGGAGAAUGGCUCAGUCACAAUAUCGGCGAGCAGCUGUGAUAAUGUUUGUUCCAGUCCUUCAGGUUUUCUUCCUCUCUUUUUCUGUUCAACAGGACGCUUUAUUCACUAUUGAAGGGAUUUAUGGGAUCACAAGUUUCCUCUGAUGAGAUGAGUGUGCGUGCUGGCCAGGGCAGUGAUGAGGUGCUGGUUUCACAGGCGGUGUGGGAUUACCUGGCUGCAGCUGGGCGGCCCUGGCUCAUUGACUUCCAGCACAAGCAGGGGAUGAGUGCUGGUAUCAUUAGGCGAGGGGAGAGAGGGGGCUGCUGCGCCGUGAGGCUGCAGCCGGUGGAAGGCUCCAGGAACGGUGGGGCCGGUGUGAUGGAUGGAGCCAUCUCCAGCGAGACACGAAAAGCCUUCAUUGACUUAUGCCGCUGUGCCCGCAAAGAAAUGAGCAAACAGGACGGGGGAUCCAAGAGGAAGAGGGCUCUGCUGCCCUGCGUGGGAGUCCUGGAGCCGAACGGAGAGGGGAGCCUGCUUCAGCCUCCGCCUCCCCAGCCUCGGCGCUCCCAGAGACAGCAGCAGAGGUUCAGGAAGCCUGCUGAUGAGGAGGCCUGCGCCAUGCUCCACGAGGCGACCCAGAGGAAGGACCUGGACUCCAGCUUGGCUUCCCACAGCGAGGCAGAGGACAACAGCACUUGUUCAAUCUGCAUGGGGGACAUAGUGGAGAAGACUACCUUGGAGAGAUGUGGCCAUUCAUUCUGUCGCUCCUGCCUGGAUCAAGCAUUUAAGGUGAAGAAAGCGUGUCCUGUGUGUCGGCUAGUGUACGGCCAGUUGAUUGGGAACCAGCCUGCUAAUGGUACCAUGAUCGUAGAGCGAGAUGCUGAUCUGGAGCUUCCUGGCCACGAAGGAUUUGGAUGUAUCUGCAUCAUUUACAGCUUCCCUCCUGGCCUACAGGCGCCAGAACACCCAAACCCAGGUGUUCGGUACCCAGGAACAGACCGUGUGGCCUACCUCCCUGACAGCCCUGAGGGGAACCGCGUGCUGGGCCUGCUGCGCCGGGCCUUUGAACAGCGCCUUAUCUUCACCAUCGGUACCUCCAUGACUACGGGCAUGCAAAAUGUCAUCACCUGGAAUGACAUUCACCACAAGACCUCAAUAUGGGGCGGGCCCCGCUGUUUUGGCUACCCAGACCCCACUUACCUGGUGCGAGUGACAGAGGAGCUCAGAGAGAAAGGCAUCACGGCAGACUGACAGCAUGAAAAUGACUCUUCCAAGACUUUGUAGGACUUUUCCGAGUGUCCUUGAGGUGGACGUGACUCGGCUCCAGGUUGUGCUCUGAGACUGCCCGUCCCUUAAAGGAUGGCUGAAGAUGAGGCCCUCAGCAGACAGGCGUCUAAUGCUGCAGCCGGGCGCACAUCACUCCACUACUUGUUCCUCCGUUUGUUCCUUUUUCCUCCAUAGUUCAGCUUAACCCAGUGUUACAGGUGGAAGAAGAUACUCUGAGUGCAGUGCAUUCUUGUAUUACACAAUCCUCUACCUGUCACUGUUGGCAACAGGGCCCAUAUCUGGUGCACUUCUUUAAGAGCACCGUGGCGUGUUGCACUUCAUGGUACUUACAUAUUAUUUAGGAAAUCUAAGUUAAAUGUUAUAAAGAUAGUUUAUGUUAAAUUAAUGUUUAUUUCUACUCUGGGGAUCACUUUUUUUCUUACAAGCACACAUUCUUGGUUUUAUCUCCUCAGAAAUGUUAAAGUAAGUCUCUAAGUUGUUACUAAUUACCUGUUGUAAGGAUAGUACUUGGGUUAUAUGGCAGAAUAGCACUGCUUCAAUAGAACAAAUUCAUUUUCAGAAGUUAUUGCAAUCUAAAGCACUUACAGGCACUUUUGUAAGAGGUUUUUUUUGUUGUUUUCAGUGAAGUCAUUGUUUUUGCUUCCUCUGUGUGGAAGAGUGCUCGGAGCAAACAGGUUCGUGCAGCUAUCAGCUCUUAGCUCGGUGGCUACAAGUUGAUGUCAAUUGCUUGGAACUCUUCAUUUGCGUGUGAUCGUCAUUUUUCCCUCCAUGUUUUACUUAAAGAGGACGAAUGUUCAACUAUGUCUCAUUGCUGCACUUUUUUAUUUUAUUUUUUUUUAAUUUUUUUACACGCAUUAGGACUUUCCCUUGGGGUUUUUUGCCAUCAGUCACUCCUGUUAUUUCAAGAUGUCUCCCAGGUGUUGAGCCCAUUACCUCAGUUGUUGGCAGUGAGCUCAUCUAAUUACCAGAUUUAUGACGAUGUCAAAUAUAAAGGGCAUAUAGACCACUUAAACCAAAUCAAAGGCACAAACGCUCUUUAAAUAUCUAUGCCUCCGUCCCUGUCGAACUGGGAGAUUUGCCUGCUCACGUUCUCAUUUCAAAUGAGGGAACUGCUGUAAAUUUGUUUCUCUAAAUAGAAAAUCUACCAUACACAGUUUAAAAAAACAAAAGAAAAUGUUGUGGGAACACUUGAUCUGAUUUAGGGUGGGGUAUUGAUCUCAUUUUGUUGUGCCUUUCUUAUAUUCUCUUUUGAUAAAAUUCAAGCAUGAUGUUACUAAUGAAUGGUAAGCAGUUUGGGCGUAUUUCGGUGUUAUUUGAUAGGUAAACAGCAUUAUGUUUGUAGCUAUACUAUCUGGCUUUAAGUACAACUACUACACAGUUCAUGGAAAUAUGUAUACUAAUGUGUAUUAAAUUAGCUGCUCCUCCAUAAACAUUCUUGUACUCCAAAUGCUGAAAAACCCCUCAGACUGAUAAAGCUGUAUGUGUGAAAGUGCUUUGCUAAGUGCAGUAACCUGCUUGGCUAGUGGUACAUUUGUCAUUAAUUUGACUGGUCAGAUCCAUACAUCAAAUACCCUUUUUAUUAUGUUUUCAUCCCCUUUGUAUUUUAGUUAAGGGACCAACUUAAAUAUUUUUGGGACACAGGAUUGUAGUUCACUAAAGCUACUGUGCAAACAUUUCUAUGCAUUACACGACCGAAGAAGAGCCAGGAGAACGGACCGUCGGAGAGAUUACACAUAUUACAAAUUGAUUGUUAAGGAAAAGUUUGAGUUUUGCUUUUCUAAUUGUGUUGAUUCGUACUUUGUUGAUAUUCAGAAUAAUGUGCUUUACAUUUUAAUACUUGAAUAAAAAGUUAUGUUUGGG